AUGAUAAAAAAUUUACCUAAUUAAUUAUUUAAUAAAUUAUUAAUAAUUAUUAAGUAUUUAUGUGUGCUAAUUGCAUACAAACCAGAUUUUUCUUUAAAAGAAAUGUAGCUAUACAUAGGCCUAUUAUAAAUAGCAUAAACAUUUUGUUUAACAUAAAUGAUAAGCUGGUGUAGCACAAGGAAGAGCAGCAGCACCUCUGGAAACAGCUGCAGGAGCAUCAGCGCGUGUCCAGGGCGCGGGGGCGGAGUCACGGACACUGUCCGCCGCUGAAGACCGUAGACGCGCCGCUGGAGAGACAGACGCGUGACGGACGCACCGAUCAAACAGGACAGAGUUUGCAGUUUUGAGGAAUCAAACAUCUCUUCAGUGAUUGAGGACAAACUCAGUGAUGCCCGUCCUGAAGGAAACAGCCCAAGCCCACAGCCACUUCAAUAUGCUUCCCAAGCUCCCUGUGCCAGACCUGCAGCACACACUGGAUGCCUACCUAAGAUCCAUCAAACACCUCAUUUCUGAAAAGCAGUUCCAAAAAACAAAAGCUAUAGUGGAGACAUUCGGCAAACACGGAGGAGUUGGGGAAAGGCUGCAAAAACUGCUGCUAGAGAAAAGAGAAAAGACUGAGAACUGGGUGUUCAACUUCUGGCUGGAAGACAUGUAUCUGAAGAACAGACUGCCGCUUCCUGUGAACUCCAGUCCUGCGCUGGUUUUCCCCAAACAAUCCUUCAGAGACAUUAAAGAGUCUCUGGUGUUUGCUGCUCGUCUCAUUCUAAGUGUGUCUCAAUACAAGGCGGCGGUGGACGGGAAGACUCUGCUGGUGGAUGUCGCUCGCGGUCAAAAGGCUGACACGCCGCUCUGCAUGGAUCAGUACAAGUGUCUCUUCAGCUCUUACAGACGGGCCGGUCUCAAACUGGACACGCUCAUCACCGCGGACAGCACGUCUGACACGGGACACAUCAUUGUGGCCUGUAAAAAUCAGUUCUUUGCACUGAAUCUGAUGGAAGGAAGCUGUAAACUGAAUGAGGCAGAUGUUCAGGCUCAGCUGGAGUGGAUCUAUGAGCAGACGCUGAGCGUUGAGCAGAAGCAGCCGGCUGUGGGACUGCUGACCACCGAGGGCCGGACGGACUGGGCCCGGGCCAGAGACCAGCUGCUCAAAGAUCCAGUGAACAGAGAGUCUGUGGAGCUGAUGGAGCGCUGCGUGUGUGUCGUCUGUCUGGACGAUCCCACGGGACUCGAACCCAGUGACGCUAACAGAGCUGCACUGAUGCUCCACGGAGGAGGACACGAAAAAAACGGGGCGAACCGCUGGUACGACAAACCCCUGCAGUUUGUGAUCGGUGCAGACGGUGUUUGUGGGGUUGUGUGUGAGCACUCACCGCUCGAGGGCAUCGUUCUCGUGCAGUGCACUGAACACCUGCUGAAGAACAUACGGAACAACUCCUGGAAGCAGAGCUCUGGUCGGAGCGCGUCUGAACUUCCUCAGCCUCGUAGAUUACUGUGGAAAUGUUCCCCUCAGAUUCAGUGCGUACUGGCUUCUGCUGCGGAUCACCUGCACAGCCUCGUGAGGAAUCUUGACAUGAACGUUUUCACAUUUACGGUUUAUGGGAAGGAGUUCAUCAAGCAGCAGAAGAUGAGUCCAGACACGUUCAUACAGCUGGCUCUGCAGCUGGCCUUCUACAGAUGUCACAGAAGACUCGUGUUCACCUACGAGAGUGCUUCUCUCCGUCGCUUCCGGCAGGGACGUGUGGACAACAUCCGCUCCAGCACUCCUGAGGCGCUGGCGUUCGUGAAGGCCAUGACAGACGGAGGAACAUCCGCUCAGGACGCAGAGAAGAUGGAGAAGCUGCGAGCGGCUGUAGAUGCUCAGAGUAAAAUCACAGUUCUGGCCGUCACGGGGAUGGGGACAGACAAUCACUUACUAGGACUACGUGAAAUUGCCAAGGAGAUGAAAAUGGAGACACCAGACAUUUUCUCUGAUGAAACGUACCACAUCAGUAACCACUUCAUCCUGUCAACCAGUCAGGUUCCCACCACAGAGGAGAUGUUCUGCUGCUACGGUCCGGUGGUUCCUGACGGUUACGGCGUGUGUUAUGACCCACGGCCCGCUCACGUGCUGUUCUGUGUGUCCAGCUUCAAGGAGAGUAAGGAGACAUGUUCAGGGCUGUUUGUGAAAGCGCUGGACGAGGGACUGCAGGACAUGAGGAUCCUGUGCACUAAACACACUGAUCACAGGAACACGCCAAAAUAACAGCAUCAUGCUUUGAUAUCUGCUUAGCCCGACCUGUAAACUGUUACGCUGCUUUUAGAAUCGAAAUCUCUCUGACCAGAGACUGAAGGUGUGUUCAUUACAUACAUAUACUAUAUAUUGGCAUGUAUAUAUAUAUAUACAGACACACACAUAAAUAAUACAAUUAGCAUGGUAACAUAUUUAGAUACCUGUACUAAAUAUAGUUAUUAAUUAAUAGUUAUUUAUGUAUGAAUAAGCUUACAUACUUGUUAGUGAGUAGUCUGUAAAACCACACUUUAAUACAAGUAAUACUGCUAAUAUCUCCAUGACUAAAGAAACACUCACAUACUGUAUAUGUGAAUGUACAGUAUACUUUACAUACUACAAGAAAUGUUGCAUUUAAAGAACUUACACUUAACCUUCAAUUAACUUCAUAUGAAUGUGAAUAUCUGUGUGAAAGCACAGACUGUGUGUAGAAAUACUCGUUUAGAUGCACUGUGUUUAUUAAAUAUUGAAUUUAUUGAUAUAAUGUGUAUGUAUUUUGUGUGCUCAAACAUCAUAAAUAUAGGGAUUUUAAAUAUAUAUUUUAAAAUGUGCAAUAAAUUCAGUUAAAACUGCAAUAAGUUAAAUGCUGUGAGGUAGAUAUUUGCACUAGAGACAUAUGUACUAAUAAUCAUCAUCAGUAUGAACUCCUGACUCACAGGAACAGAAGUAUGUGAAUAAAUACUGUCUUGGUUUUUGUUUAACUUGUUUGUUAUUUACAGUAUGUAAUGAUCUCUGCUGCAUUAAUCUUUAACGUCUUCAUGAGUGCUCAUAAAAUGUAUUUUUGUAAGCUCUGUGCAUUUUACUCAUGUAUAAUUUGUUUGCCACUGUAUGUUACUGUAUAAGUGUGUGUCAGUAAAUUAUAUUGUAUGAAAUAUAAAUGAAUCAAA